CACCUACAACACCAGGGCCUCAGCCCCCCAAGCUUCCCUGCCUGGCCAUGGCCGGGGCCGGGGCCUCCCUCCGCAGCGCACAGCUCCUCACCUGCGCCCCGACGGCCGCAGCCCUGCUCCUCAGCCUGGUCUUCGCCUCCCUCCACUCGGCGCGCUGGGCAGAAGCCAGCAGCAGCAGCAACUUGACCUUGACUGCCCACCACCCCGCCCCUGCGCCCCUGGAGCCAUGCCCCAAUGUGGACUUCUGCCCACAAGCAGCUCUGUGUUGCCGCACCGGCGUGGAUGGGUAUGGCUGGAUCGCGGCCGCUGUGGGCUGGAGUCUUUGGUUCCUCACCCUCAUCCUGCUGUGUGUGGACAAACUGAUGAAGCUGACUCCGGAGGAGCCCAAGGACCUGGCGGCAUGAGCCCACCCUCCCUGCCUCCCUCCCUCCCUCCCGUUCCUCCUACAUGCUCUACCACAGCAGGAAGGCAAGAGGGACCCAGCACUGCCUUCGUGCUGGGCUCCAAGGUGCCCUUUGCAGUCUGCGGGGCUCUGUCCUGGAGGAAAGCCCUCCGAGAUCACUCUUGCUGUAGCUGCACUCGGGAAGUACA